AUGUCCUCCGCAUCCUCGAAAGCAUCAAGCGUGGCCUCAUCUGUGUCGUCUAGCCUCUCUAAGGCCAUACCAUCAGCCACUGCUGCCGCUUACGAGACUGGCAAGUCUCAGACCUCAACUCAGACCAUCAUCUUCACGACCAUUGCCAUUACCACGACAACCAUUCUGCUAGUCCUUGCCGGCAUCUACUACUCUGGCUAUGCCGAUGAUAUCCUCGAAGCCGCCGCGAAGAAGUACUACAGUGCGAAAGCCCAGGCUGAAGCAACAGCGCUUGCACAUACUGGCAGUGAAAAGGUGCAGGGCGUGCUAAAGGACUCGCUCAAGGGAAACCCUGUCAUGGGCGAAGACGAGUUGGAGCAAGUCAGUGGUGGUCUUGGGAAGGAGGCGGCUUCUGAAGGCCUUGGAGGUGUGAGCGAAAAGCUAGGAGGUCUGGGCAAGCAGACCUACAACUACCUCACGACCUCAGAUAACAAUAACACCACCCUCAGCAUGUCUGUCGCCAGCUCGAUUAAGACCACCCUAAUCAUAGGCGCCACCUCAGGCAUCGGGGAGUCCUUCGCACGCCGCUUCCACAGUCAAGGCAAGAAGGUCAUCGCUACAGGCCGUCGCGAGGCCAAUCUCGACCUUCCCAACCUACCACGUCACGUGGACACCCUGCUGAAGCAGUACCCAACCAUCAAUACCGUCUGGGUCAACAGCGGCGUCCAGCAAAGCUUCUCUUUCGCCGACCCCAACUCAGUCCCCAGCGAUGAGGCUAUUGCCAACGAGAUCAUCGUCAACAUCACCGCUCCUACCCUGCUGGCCAAACACUUUGCUCCUCACCUCCAGAAGAUCAGCAAGGAACAGGAGGCCUUUCUCAUGAUCACGUCUUCAGGCAUCACGUUCGUCCCCGCGGCCGCCUACCCGGCGCUGCGGGUGUGCGAGUUGUCGAGAUUGCUCCCCCCCUACGUGGCGACUGAGCUGGACUUGAAGCACAAGGAAGCUGCUACUAGUGUUGAGCCCAUGCCACUAGAGGAGUAUACGACGAAGGUUCUGGAGAUCAUGGAGUCGACGAAGCCGGCUGAUGUGAAAGAAGUGGGUGUCGGCUUUUCGGAGAUGGCUAUCAAGACAUGGAGAGGCGCGUUUCAGCCUAUCUUAGAGCAAGUUGGCGCUGGUGCUGCGUAG